AUGAGGAUUGAUUGGCUGCGCGAGGUCCCGUUCGACCCUAGUGUUAAGGCGCAGCUCCCCUCCGAAUAUGGACCAAUGAGUGCAGCGUGUGUGCAGCCGCAGCAGCAGCGGCGGCCGCGGCAGCAGCAGCAGCGGCAGCAGCAGCCUCUUGGAGCCAGGAGGAGCACAGCAAACCCGUUACCAAUGGAACCUGUAAUGGGGAUGAAGCUGUGUAUAAAAGUCGAAGUUUUAAUCGCAUCGAGUCCGCGAUACGGUGGUCUGUCCGCGGCGAGGAGCGCGUCGCGCUGCUUGCCCUUUCUUAAUGAAGGAGUUCUAAACUACUAUACAGUUCGUCGACAAGUGACACAUUUGGUUAAGGGUAUAGCAGCCGGCGCUUUCGGGCGGCACACACGUUCCGUUAGCUUCUCUAUUUUAAAAACUACUUGCCCAGCUAUAUCCGGGAAGGGACGAACAUCGACUCGUCAACACCACACGGCACACCACCGCCAGUUGCCACUUUUCGAUGCAGUCGACCUGCGUGCGGGUGGCAUCGCUGGCGUAACGGGCGUGCCGCGGCGUGGUCGAUGCAAGUGGUUCAACGUCGCUAAAGGAUGGGGCUUCAUCACCCCUGAUGAUGGAGGCCAGGACGUUUUUGUUCACCAGAGUGUGAUUCAAAUGACGGGCUUCAGAUCGUUGGGUGAUGAAGAGGUGGUUGAAUUCGAGUGCAAGGAGUCUGACAAGGGUUUGGAAGCGACGCGAGUUUGUGGCCCAUCCUCGGUCGACUGUCAGGGCUCUCACAGACGUCCGCUGAGUAAGAAGCGGUUUAGGAAGAUACGCUGUUACAACUGUGGCGAGUUUGCAAACCACAUAGCUGCUAAGUGCAGUAUGGGGCCACAACCAAAGAGAUGCCACAAUUGCAAGAGCGAAGACCACCUCAUUGCUGACUGUCCUAUAAAGGUCGACAAGAAAAAGGACGACUCACAAUCGAAGAACUCAGGCAGUUCCCAGGGGAGUCUGCAAGAGAGCCCGCAGCCGUAA